GUCACACUUUGCGGGCGCUGGUCACACCACAAAUUUUCCAAGUCUUUCAUAUUCCGGAAAACAAAACAAAAUUAAUUAAGUAAUUAGAGACGAAGUAUCUAGGAAAAUGCACAGGGAAUCACGGUGAUUAAACGGGAAUGUGGAGAAGUAUCGAAGCGUAAGAAUCGACGGCGACCGUCAGUCCACAAAAACACCACCCACGAGCAACAAUAACAACAAUACAGCUAAAACGGGAGGCUACUGCAAAUAUACACACACCGAAAGAAAUCAAAAUAAAAAGGCAGCUCCCGUUUUGCUCUGGACGGUGCCAGUGAGACUUGACGAAUGCGGAGCAGUUCGUGGCUGGCGGAGCAGCAGCUGGGCAACCGGAAGCGGAUAGCGGAUGUAACUCAAUAGCAAUAUUUCAAAGGAACAACAUUAAGCAUACAACUAAUAGAUAACAAAGAUAACACCGCCUUAGCCUUAGUGAAAAACAACGAGGAGACGACCACUCCAUAACCAAAUCAAAUCAAACCAAACCAAUCAAAUCAAAAGCCAGGCAACUACAAUCCCAAAUAAACCAACAAAAUGUCCUCGCCCAGUGCCGGAAAGCGACGCAUGGACAACGAUGUGAUCAAGCUGAUCGAAUCGAAGCACGAGGUGACGAUCCUGGGAGGCCUCAACGAGUUCCACGUCAAGUUCUUCGGUCCAACGGAGACGCCCUACGAGGGCGGCGUGUGGAAGGUGCGCGUCUACCUGCCCGACAACUAUCCCUUUAAGUCACCCAGCAUUGGUUUUGUGAACAAGAUCUACCAUCCGAACAUUGACGAAUCCUCUGGGACGGUGUGCCUGGAUGUGAUCAAUCAGGCCUGGACGGCGUUGUACGAUCUAUCGAACAUCUUUGAAUCGUUCUUGCCGCAGCUGCUCACAUAUCCCAAUCCGGUCGAUCCGCUCAAUCGGGACGCGGCCGCAUUGUACCUGCACGAGCCGGAGGAGUACCAUCGCAAGGUGGCCGACUAUGUGCAGCGCUAUGCCACCGAGGACGCGUUGCGGGCGGCGCAGCAGGAGCGGGAGAGCAGCGACAGCGAGUCGAGCAUGUCCGACUACAGUGAGGAUGAGGCCAGGGACAUGGAGUUAUAAUAUCGGUUGGAACGCCAGCCUACGGAACUACCGCUAACACUAACACUGACAACAGCCUAAUACAAAUGCUUCGAGAAUCCAUUUUCCCGCCACCCAAUCUCCCCAACCAAACACACUCACUAAUACUGUCACCAUACCCCUUCAGUUGGCGAUGGAACAACAAGCAACAAUAUAUAUAUAUACAUAUAUAUAUAUAUAAUAAUAAUUGAUAAAUGAUAAUUGGAUUUUAAGAUAGAAAGUGAUUCGAUGAUGGCGUGUGAUGAUCAGCGCACACACGCAGAUACAUAUAAAUAUAUACAUAAUAUAUAUAUAUAUACACUAAUGUAAGCAGAAAGAAAAACAAGAUUUAAAAACUCUUAGUUUAGCCAUCAGUAGCUGAUAACAAAACGGAUUGGAGCAACGAUCGUAACAGAUCAUAGCAGAUAUAUAGACCACAGCAAAAAAAAAAUGGAACGGAUGGAAGAGCAAAAUGGAAACAAACAGAAUAGAAACACAAACAAACAAACAAACAAACAAAACCGAUAAAAUACAGAUAGCAGAGAUAAAAGCAUAGAUGCAAGCGCAAUUUAAAUGGUUAAUAGUAAGUGCACAUGCAAUGCGAAAUCUGAUGAGAAAUUGCUUUGGCCUUGAUCUGGCAUUAAACAGACUUCGAUGCUCGUCGUUCUUUAGAGUUUAGCAAUGGAGUAUCAAGUUGAUAGAAAACGUAAACACAAGUACCACCAUCAAACAUAAGUUUUUGGAAAGCCCACACCACAUGAAAACCAAACGACGAUAACCCAAUAUAUCCAAUUUGCAAUCCAGAGGAACGGAAACCUUAGAACGAUCGAUCGAUCAACAAAAGUGCGGAUUAUUUGUUCUUAUGUACGAGUGUGUACUUUAUAUGUUUGUCUUGUUUUGGUUCUGUUUAAUUGUAAGCGCGAAUUUUUUAUUGUCUGUAUAUGUGUAUGUUUAUUAAGAUAUUCGGAAACCGCAGAAAAUCAUCAUCUGACUUAGCAGCACUUUCCCUGCCGAAGUGAAAAAAAAAAAAAAA